AUGGUGCUAGUGAUGGCUGCAGUGGUGCAUGGUGAAAAUGAGGGAGGUGCCAUGACAGAUGGAGCUGACCAUGGGCUCAAUGAAAAGAAAACAGAAGAUGUAAAGCAAGUGCAAACAAUUGGGUCUCUUUUUCCAGGUGGAGGCAGCACAGGGCCAGGCAUGGGUGUUGUUAUACAGCCAGGCAUUGGUGGUGGAAGCCUACCACCCUUUAGCAGGAGACCACCCGGUGGAGGUGGAAUUGGGCCUGGCUAUGGUGGUGGAACCGGGGCAGGACUUGGGGGUAGAACUAGACCCGGGAAUGGUGGUGUAACAGGGCCUGGACUUGGCAGAUUUGGGCGCCGGUAUGGUGGGGGAAAUGGGCCUAGGUAUGGCGGUGGAAUUGGGUCUGGACCGGGCGGUGGCCGUCCUGGUACUGGGCCUGGAUCCGGGUACGGGGGUGGAGGGCCAGGUGGAUAUGACUAUGAUCCUGAUUAUGGUAGCCCUGGCGGAUCAGAUUAUGAACCCGGCUAUGGUUCGCCGGGCUAUGGUGGGCCUGGUGAUGGGUUUAACGGUGGAGAUGACCCGGGUUACGAUGGAGGCGGGUAUGGGCCGGGUUAUGGAGGGAGAGGGAACUCACAUGGCAGAGUUUUUGCAUUGGAAGUUAAAGUUGAAGGAGGGAGGAUUCUCAAGAGCAAGGGUGAUGAUCAGGUUGCCCACCCUCAAAACUUCUUUGCAGGGUUUGGCACCUUCCCAACUCCAGGCUUGGCUGCAGGCGUUGGGUUUGGCCCAUCAGGGUUCUGCUCCUUCCCAGGGAUCGGAUGUGUCCGCGUCCAACCCACCAACCCUGGUGGAUCUGUUGGUGGUGGCUUACCCAUUCCAUGA